ACUGGAAAUGAGAUUUUAUGUGUAAUUUGAGCACACCAAAAAGAUAAUUAAUAUGGGAAAUGGAGGACCCUUCUUAAUAUGUUGUGUGCUUCUUCUUGCUUUAAUGGCCGGAGGUCAAAGUGACACGCCAAGAAACAAGGAAAACUGCACCUACGCAGUUACAAUUGAAACAACAUGCACAAAAGGUGCCGAGACCUCAAACCACAUCAGCCUAAGAUUUGGUGACACAAAUUCAAAUGACAUUGUGGUAAGGCACCUAAAUUCCAAGCACAUAAGAAGGGUGGAUCCUUUGGAGCCUGAGGUCCUGGACGAUGUGCCGAGAAAACCAUUUCAAGCUUGUGUUGUGGAUGAGUUCCAAGUGAAGGGUGCAUGCGUGGAGUCGCCCAUCUGCUACCUCUAUCUCAAACUGAGCGGGGCUGAUGACUGGAGACCUGGUUUUGCACAAGUCCAUGUUUUGGAGGGCUCUCGCUCUCAUCUCAGCUCUGAGUACUUCUACUUUCGAAGGUACCUGCCACGCCAUGUUUGGCAUGGCUUGGAUGCGUGCGAUGAUAAAGAAGUUACUCCUUUUGGGAUCAAGCACAAGAGGAAAGUGUUUUGGAAAAAACAAGUGAAAAAAUUGCCAGUUCCAUGAUAUAGUUCAUUACAAGUUAUCUCAAAUUUUUAUAACCAUUUCAUUGCAUUAAAAAAUAACAAUAAAAGCUGUGUGAGAAAAAAAAGAGUUGAAUUUCUAGCAUUAGCAUUAGGGUCAAUUGUAUUUG